UCCGCCACUCUCAUCACCCCGAUUGCUCGCUCCCGCUCGCGGAUGCCCGCACCACUUGUCCCCGGCUCCUCGUCUCCGUCUCCCCGUCUCUCGCGCUCUCGGGAAUAACACAAACAAACAAAACCCGGAGGAUUAACUAAUGGGAGGAUUUAACGCGUAGCGGCCGCCGCUCCAUCGCUCCGACCUCCAACGCGUCGCGUCCCCCCCUCCCCCCCUGAAAGAUGGCGACGGGGGCAGGCUGGCUGCCUCCGUACGGCACCGCGGGCAGCAACGCCAAGUACAACGCUGCCCCGUCCCCGCCGUCCGGCAUGUUCUACGAUGGGAGCCUGACGCUGGACUACACGCAGGACCUGCACCUGAAGAUGAGCAAGAAGAUAGCGCAGCUGACCAAGGUAAUCUACGCCCUCAACACCAAGAACGACGAGCACGAGGAGGAAAUUGAGUCUCUGAGAGACGCCCACGAGGACGAGGUCCAACACAUUGUAACCGAAACCAGAGACAAGAUCAUGCAGUACAAGAGUAAGAUGGUGGACGAGGCGGACCUGAGGCGGCGGCUGGCCAGCCUGGAAGAAUCUGUGGAACUUCACGAGCACAUGAAGCGACAGGCCUUAGCGGAGUUUGAGAUGUACAGACAGAGGAUGGAGGACUCGCAGCUCUGCACGGAGGCCCAACACACACAGAGAGUGGUUUCUAUGAGCAGAGAGGUGGAGGAGAUGCGUCGGGAUUUUGAGGAAAAGCUGCGGGCGUUCAGCCAGACUCAGGCCCAGUUUGAGGCGGAUAAACGGCGAGCGCUGGAGGAGCUGAGGGCCACCCACCGCCAGGAGGUGGAGGAACUCCUCAACAACCAGCAGAACCAGAGCGCCACCUCCACCGAGGACCAGGAGAAACUGGCCGAGCUCCAUAGACAAGAGGUGGAGUCUUUGAUGGAGAGGGUGGAGGAGAUAACCAGGGACAAGGUGCGUCUGAUGGAGGAGUACGAGGCCAAGCUGGGCAAAGCUCAGGAGUAUUACGAGCGGGAGCUGGAGGCCAUGAGGAGAACCCACCAGCUCACCACGGAGAACCUGCUGGCCUGGAAAAGGACCGAGGUCGAGCUUCGCAAGGAGUUCCAGGCUCAGGAGGCAGCGCUGCAGCGCUCGCUGUCCAAGCUGCGGAGUGAGCUCCAGAAAGCGCACGAGGAGGCCCGAGAGAACCGAGACAAAACCAACCGGCUGCAGACCUCGCUGGCCAACGCGGAGGGAACUAUCAAGAACCUGCACAAGCAGCUGGAGGAGGCCAUCCAGGACGGAGAAAUCUGGGUGAUGCAGCUGAAGGACACCGAGUAUGAACUAGACGGCAGCAGGGAACGAGUCCAGCAGCAGGCCACUGAGCUCCUCCACAAAGCCAGUCAGAUCGGCUCCUUGCAGGCCACCCAGAUGUCCCAUGAGGCGACCAUCAGGAACCUGGACCAGGAGCAGAGCCGGCUGAAGGACAAGCUCGGCCGGCUGGAGGAGGAGAGGGAGGCUCUGCUCAACCAGAGCCAGGCCUCCAACGACCAGCACAGGCAGCAAGUGCUGAAACUAGAACAGUCUCUGCGUGAGGAGCACCAGGGUUACGAGAAGGAGCUCUGCAGGCUGAGAGCGCACUACGAGGAGGAGAUGCACCGCUUCAAGGAGGCGCAGGUCCGAGCGCUGGAGGAGUUGGAGGGGAAACACCAGGCCAUGAGGGAGGAGGCCCAGCAGGAGAAAGAGGACGAGAAGAAGCUCCUCGCGGCGAAAAUGAGUCAGGAGUUUGAGAUCAAGCGCCUGUCUUUGGAGGAGCAGCGCGACCGCCUCCAGCAGCAGCUCGACAACUUGAAAGAGGAGCUCUCGGCCAAGCUCAACAUGGCCAAUCAGGAGGUGUCCCACCUGCAGGAGCUGGUGAGGGAGGGUGAGCAGAGCAUGAGCUCAGCUCAGACGCAGAUCAGCUGCCUGCGGGAAACGCAGGAGAAGCUGAAGAUUGAACUGGACGCCACCAGGGGCCGCGUGCGAGAGACCAGCAACCUGCUGACUGACCUGCAGGAGGAGAUCGAGACCCAGAGACAGCAGCAUGACGCCAGAGUGAUGUCCAUCAGAACGGAGGAGAAACAGAAGGUGGACAAGAUGGCCGAUGAGCUGGACCACAAAUGGAGAGAGGCACUGCGGGAGGAGGUGCGCUUGCUGAAGGAGGAGCUGACGGAGGAGUACGAAGCGGACAAGCAGGCGGCGCUGACGCAGAUCUCCCAGCAGAAAGAACUGGAGAUGAUGGCGGCCCGAGAGGGCUGGCAGAGGAAGGUGGAGGACCUGCUGGAACAGAUCUCUCUGUUGAAACAGUCUCUGGAGCUGCAGUUGUCUCAGUCCAAGUCGGCCCUCCAGCAGCUGCAGUCUCAGUUCAACCAGGAGAGGGAGCUGCUGAGCCAACAGCUGAAAGAGCUGCAGAGAGAACAUCAGAGGCGAGAGCAUCGGCUACAGGAGGCUCACUGCUGCGCCCUGAGCACCAUGGAGGAGGCCAGGCAGCACCAGAUAAGGGCCCUGGAGGAGCGUCUGAAGCAGGAGCAGAGGGAGGAGGUGCAUGCCCUGAAGGAGGCUCACAGGAGGACCUUUGACAUCCUGAGACAGCAGUCCGACCAGGAGCUGCAGACGCUGCGUUUCGAGCUGGAGGACGAGGGGAAAGCCAAGCUGGCGUCUCUCCGUGCAGAGCUGAACCACCUGCAUGCUGCAUCCAUAGAGCAUCUGAAGCAGCUCCACCAUAAAGACAGCCACUCCGUCAAGCGGGAGCUGGAGAAGGCGAUGGAGCACAGCCGCCAGCAGGAGCAGGAGCUCCUCGCUCGCAUCUCAGACCUGCAAGGAGAGCUGUGUUCCCGUAGCAACCGCAUCACCGACCUGGACCACGAGAUCCACUCUCUGAACGAGACCAUCGACACUCUGACCAGAGAGCUGGAGAUAAAGGGCAAGGAGGUGCUGCGGGUUCGCGGCGAAGCGAACCAUCAGAUAAGGGCCCACGAGCAAGACCUUUCAAAGAGACACGAUAGGGAUCUGGGGGAAAUAAGUAUAGUCCACCACAGAGAAAUACAAAUCCUGCUGGGGGACUUCAACAAGGCCCAGGAGGUCCUCAAGGACAAGAUUACCGCUCUGCAGAUACUGCUGGAGGGGACGGAGGAGAAGCUCAGACACAGGGAAAGCCGACCAGAAGACCUGCACGUUAUCGCAGAGCUCAGAGAGAUGGUCACCGAAAGAGAAGCUCUGGUGAAGAAGCUGGUGGAUGACAAGAAGUUCUACCAGCUGGAGUUGGUCAACAGGGAGACGGGGUUCAGCAAGGUCUUCAACUCCAGUGCCAACGUUGGUGUGAUCAACCCUCUUAUCAAGCCGUCCUGAGGCCGACGCCGCGACGCCAUCGGACCCGCGAGCGGGGAAGGCAGCAAAGAGAAAAGAACAAGUCCUAAAAGAAGAGGAGCUGUACGCCCAGUACUUCACUUUCUGACCGGCCCCAAAAGAAACAACAACAACAACAACAACAAUCUGCCCACCCCCCCAAAAAAAGAACGAGGUAACGGGACAGGGAGCUAAAGUUGGACACCUGUCACACUGUCGCUUCUGAGAGACAUUCUGGGCGACAUCCACAUCAAACAUCCGCCGCUAAAACCCGGCGCUCCCAUGCACCACGCGCAGACCUGAGAUCCCGGUGCAGGGAAGGGCUUCCAUACACGUUGCUCGUCGCCCCGUUAAAGUGUGCAUGGUAGCAGGAUACGGACGCUUUUAUAUAAAACGUGACGUUUGCAUGAGCUCCAAAGUAGCGACGGAGCGAUUUCAUCUUUUAAAGGCCUUCAUCGCCCACGAUUUCUUUAAAGCCCGGAGGGAAACAUGGUGGACUUCCCCCUGCAGCCGUUUAAGAGACACGUCUGUAGAACACUCUGAAGGUUACAGGAGUGGUUUCCACACAGGGAUUAGAUUGCAUAUUAAAGAAGUGGAAGUAAAUCGAUAACGCGGAUGCAGUAAUUGUUUGGACUUCUUUCCCCAAAGUGUCACGAUUAAUCGCACGGUUGUUAAAACGUACAAAACGUAAUCCUGCAAAGAGAUAAUAUCAAGAAGAAGGCUGUAUUCUUUUUCAUAUCAGUACCUCUCUCACCAAGGUCAUUUCUAAAAGAAUAAUUUAGUUAAACUUAUUUGGAAGAGAAGAUUUUUGUUGAAAUGAUUUGUCUUAAGUGACAGGAAAUGAUCCUUUCAUGACAGUAGUAACUGUAUAUGAGGGGGAAAUGUCUUCAGCUCCACGUCAGAUGUGUUUGUCUCUCUGUGAUGUGUCUUACGAGCUGUGUAAAGUGUUUUCUGCCUUGACGCUCGCCUUCAGUCGAGUACGAUGAACUACAGAGCACCGCAACGACGACACCAAAAACACCAAAACCCCCACUAACUUUAGCUUGCUGUCCCCGUGUACACACAGGUCAUGUCUGGACGUCAAUCUGAAACCUGUGAACUACCUGAGGGGCGCUUGAUUUGCAUUCCCUCACACCCCGACAGGCUCAGGAGGGGAAACAUCAAGCGGAGCCGAAUCAAGCGGCCCUUUUUUUUAGCAUUGUGACGCUGCCGUCACUCACCCGAAAAUCCUCUCGUUUUUUCUGCGUACUCUCUUGUUUUUUUUUUUCGUACUUGACUUGAAAGUUUACAUAGCUGUCGUGCCGCGUCCUUUCCAGGACCCGAAGGUCCGUGGAGUCCGUUCACAAGUCACAAGUGUACAAACUGCAUGGUCGUCAGCAGCCUGAAGGAGGCCGCGUGUGUGAGGGUGGAGGUGGACACCAGCCCACUGUUGUGUCCUAAUAUCAAACACUCGCCCUGUGACGUGAUGCAUAUUCAAUAGUUAAUUAUGUAAAUAUUGAUCUGUAAUGAAUACGGAGGAGGUCUGUUCAUUCCUCGACGCACACUGUGAAGAACGUGUUAAUAUAUACCAUGUUGAUAUAUUGACAUUUGCGCUUCGACAUCCGCGUCAGACGACGCAGAAGUCUACGGCCUCUUCUUGCUUCUUUCUUAUUAAUGCAUUUUUUCACAACCACAUCGCAUUCUUACUUCCACUCCUUUUUAUCUCCCCACUGAUGACUUCACGUCCUCGUCCUCUACGUAAAAGCUAAACCAAGAAGAACAGUCUUCCACGCCUGCCGUCUGACGGGAUUCAAAAAAUCCACUGAAGUAGGCUGAAUUUAAAAAACAAAAACAAUACCAUAAACUAUUUUAAAUUUACAUUUUAAAAAGUCUUUGGUAAUCGGCUCGCCGUGAUGUAAAUGUUUCCACUUUGUCUCUGCACUUUAAGCACUUCUUCUCCAUGUUGGUUCGGUCUUGAUUUGGGGAACGAAACGGGAGCUUUAAAGAAAUCACAUGGUCGUCAACUGAUAUGUCGAAAAGCGCUCCUGGGUGGUUGUUCGUGGUGAGCCUGUGUAUUAAAAAUGAAUAAAACACUGUAAUGAAAUAGAAAAUAAAGGAUAUAUAUAUUUAUUUUUUACGUAGUCGUUCCCGUUCACACGACUGCACUGUUAGUGAUGAUUUGAUGCUCUAGUUUCUCAUUGGACCGGCGUUUGCUGUGGUCAUCAGCAGAACUGCAGCUGUACACAUGUCACGUGACCUUUGACCUGCGUUACCCACGAGGUUCACAAAAGGCUUUUUGAAACGUUGCAACCUUUGAAAAUGAAUGGCAAAGAAACCGUAUGUUUUUUUUUUUACAUUUAACAUCGGCUGACCCUCACUGAACCACUGAAACUUAUUGAAACAGAAAUUGUCGGGUUGGAAUCUUUUUUUUUUAUUUCAAUGUGAAGGUGAUUUGAUGUCACCUUUGGGACUUUUCACAUCAACGUCUUUAAUGUCUUGUCAUUUAUGACGUACAAAUAUAUAACAAUUAUACCAACAACAAUAUUCAUUUAUAUUUAUAUAAUUUAUGUUGUAUGUUAAGGAACAGUAAAAUAAUGAUUGUGAGAUCUUC